UUUUAAUAGUCAGUUAAACAUGGCUGGCGAAAAGUUUGCUUCCAGUUCUCGGCAUGUCAAAAAUUGUGAUAGAACGAGUGACAGCAGUGAUUCAGCGCUGAAUACCGACCUGGAGGAUGAUUAUCUCGACGCUAUCGAAAAUAUACCAUACCCGGAGUUUCAGUUUGCCACAACAACCUGUUACAUUUGCAACGGGUAUUACGGACCUUGUUUCGAAGAGCCUGUUUGUGCGACCUGCCACGCGUUUUUAUUCCCAGAUGAUAUCGGGCUACUUCAAGUGCCGAUAUUUAGCGAGAAAACUGACGACGAAGACUCUGGCAAUGACGAGCCUACAGAUCUUUAUUACAACCCUGAGCGACGCACGAGUCAGCAACAACACAAUUCUCCACAGAAUUCAAAUCCAGUAGCUGCAAAUUAUCAGAAUGCCCCAAUAUCAGCAUUGAAUUUGAAUCAAUCACCAUAUUCACCCUUUCAAAAUGUUCCUGCUUUGAGAUGUAAUCAUCCCAAUGCACUCGGAUGUAGCACAGGUAUCAAUCUUGGUGUACAUAUGAAAAAUCUGGUGCCUCAAAGCAGUUCAAGUUCAAAUCCGCAAAUGAAUCGGCCAUUUGUGCAAAAUAACAUAAGCAACGACCAAGCUCAAUGUCAGUUCCCGGUUAACGUUAACCCACCAAACCCACCAAAUAAUCUUAGAAAUACACCACCGCCAAUUCCAAACAUUCAAAUCCCAAACAACCGGGCAGACGAUCCUGCCGAAGAUGAUUUUCCCAGCCCAGAAGACCUGGUUCCACUUGGAGAAGGUGAGAACUUUGGAAAUGAUGUUCAGAAUAGACAGUACAGAUGGAAUUUUCAAAUACAUGGUGAUAUUGGGGAGCCGUCACGCCCCCCCAGCUUAUCCGAGAGACUGGAUUUGCUCUCCAAUCACAAACAUCUGGAACAUGAGCGUAUAAAUGAACCUGGCCUGGUGGACAGGCUGCCGCCAGAAGUUCUCUUCGCAGUAUUUUCUCAUCUUGAUGACAUGAGCUUAUGGUCGGCUGGCAAAGUGUGUAGAAGAUGGUGUGGCCUGCUCUCGACACAUGUAACGCCUCAGCAGUGGCAACAGUACGUCAAACUACGCUGGCCUUUGUACAGGCCAAUUGGGCACGUUGGAAAUUGGUACAGAGUAUACGAUUACCUUGCUUCUUCCGCCCCCUGCAGAGCCUGUCUGGUUCAAACGUCUCUAAGGACAAGACUGCCGAGAAUGGAGGAAAACUCUUGGAGGAGAAACAGACUGAGGAGCGAAUUAAAAAGCCUCAGAAUCGAUCCUCCGGAAGGAAUUGAGGCUACCCCGUUGGAUCAGAUGUGUUGUCAUUGGCAAGCGACUAUCACUGGACCAGUCGGCAGCCCUUACGAGGGUGGACUCUUCUACUUAUACUUACAAGUACCUUACAGCUAUCCAAUGUGUCCGCCGGUAGUGAGAUUUCUCACAAAAAUUUUGCAUCCUAAUGUAUCACGACAUGGAGACGUCGGCAUUGAUUCUAUUCACCAUAACUGGUCCUUAGCUCUCACAAUAUCGAAGGUACUGAUCAGUGUUCAGAGUCUACUCACGGAUCCAUAUUGUGAAGUUUGCAUGGAGCCAGAAUUGGGUGAGAUGUAUUUAAAAGAUCGUGAAAGGUUUGAGGAUGUAGCCAGAGCCUGGACCUGGAGAUAUGCAAUGCACGAUGUACUGACUCCUUCGUAAUUAGAUAAGUAGAAUGUAUUCGUGUCUCGAAGAAACUCACGGAAAAUUAAUGAUAUAUAUAUCUAAUCUGAAAUAUGGUUUUACAGACUGGCAGCACCAAUCUUGUUUCUAAUCAUUUCAAAUAUUUUUUUACAAUUUAUACAAAAUAACGAUUUCCAUAUUCGUCGUCAUUUAUCUAUGAUAAAAAUAUUGUCGCUAUAUUUUUCAUUAGAUAUCGAUCGGUAUUCUUGUUGCUGUUAUAUUCAUUUUCUAACAUAGCUUUGAAUAAUAGCGCGACCAUUCGCUAAAAUCUCGUGUUUCUUAUGUAGUAAAACGCUUCUCUGCUGUUCGUACCAAUCGAUGUGUCCCGGUAUUACGAUUUCUCGGAAAAACGCGAUUGGGCUUGUUACUAGACUACGAUAAUAGUCUAUAAAAAUAUCACAUGAUCACUGAUCAAUAAACAAAAAAUAAGAUUAAAAAAAUCUACAGGGUCGAUACGUGUGAUAUAUUUUUAACUAAUGUAUCACACGUAUCUUUAUAUUCAAAACACGUCUUUCUUUUAAACACGUCAAUUAUGUAUAUGAGUUUGAAAAAUAUUUCCAGCUUUGGCCGUGGGUAAGAAUAAUCACGUAACACAUACCUGUUACCUACACAUUAUAUCUGCAUUAUUCCGCGACGUUUGUAUCUCUGUACAUUGAUAAUAUUUUCUCCCCCAAUUUACGAAUCUGUGAACAUAACUGAAGUGUGAUAGUAUUUCCUAAGUAACUGGAUGUAUUAGUUGUUCAGUUGCCGAUAAUAAGGUUAAUAAUAAGUUGGGCGUCAACAUAGACGAAAUAAUCAGUAGAUAUGUAUAUUAAAUUGAAAUACAACUA